GAGGCCUCUGCUUCUUUUGAGCCUGCUGAGGAGGUUCCCACAAUGACCCAAGACACCCAUUGUCAAUAUGUAUUUGACACUGAGAUUCAGAGCUUAAAGGACAUUCUGACCACAGCGAAUGUUCAGAGUAUGGAAGAGCAGCCUUCAACCUCCACAUCAUGGUGCUUGCGUCAGUCUGCUGCUCAAGAUGAGUGGCGGAAAGCACGGUCCCAUCACCUGAACUGUUUGCUGUCCUGCAAUGAGGUCCCAAAAAGGAAGUGCUGUCACUGCACAUCCCCUGCUAUAAUUCGCUGCAGAGACUGCAUGCCAGAGGAGUGGCUGUGUAUGGAAUGUGACAUUGCGACUGUUGCCUACAGUGAGACCUUCCCAGCUAUGCACCUGUGAACCUGAAAAUAUUAGUGUCAGCUGGCAGAGCAGUUAUCUUGGUUUGCAUAAAUGGUCGUAUGAUUUGCACAUGCCAAAAUUGUUGUGCAGAUUGUGCCUGGCACAGUGGACACCUGACAGAAGCGACCUUAUAAAGAGUGGCUACUGGCCAGCAACUGUAAAUGCUGAGACGUUGUUUUCAGUUGAUGUCUUCAGCACAUUUGAAGAAAUGAAAACUGUUGCACCCAGUUUGUCCAGGCAAGCUUUUUUGCGGAUGUUAGAGAGGAGAACUUCUCACUUUGGAAGGGCUGGGAAAAUACAUGGAGACAUAUUCCAGAGAAGCUUCAUGGAGUAUACAUUCUGCCAGUUCCAGUGUGACAAAAUGGCCUGUGUUAAACAGUUCACCUGUCCUGCAUGUACACCGAACAUGCUGUCUCUCUGUGCAGAUGGCAACCGAGAACAAUACAGAUUUCGACAGUCAAAGGGGUCAGAGGAGCCAUAUUUUGAUGGUACUUUCAUUGCCAAGGAUUGUGACGUACAUCAUUUUGUUGAGGACAUCCAGAGCAAAAUGAAAAGU